AUGAACUAACUAGUAUCUGUCUUUAUAAGUGUUGCUAUAACAAUAACUAAGGCCAACAAGAUAGUUGAAGUAAGCUUGAUUAAUAGAAAUUAACAAGAAUAAGAGGAAAAUUCAUAGAUAAACAAGUGUUAACUGAAUUAGAUAAAAAUAGAUGAAAUUUGUUAAAGUAGAAGUAUUAUUUUUAAUUAGAUUGCCAUUUUAGUUGUGAAAAAUGUUUUGGUUUGGGACAGAACAAAUGUAUAUCUUGUAAUAGUGUGUCCAAAAGAAUAUUAUAGAAUAAUCAAUGCAUUUGCAUGACAUCGUACUAUGAAAAAGAACAAUAAUCAGCAUGUUAAGGUAAAUUUAUAAAAGAAAUUUAGAAUGUCAUAAAUCAUGUUAAAGUUGUUAAGGAUCAACUGCUAAUGAUUGUUUAAGUUGCUUUGAUGAUGUUGAAUUACUUAAUGGAAACUGUAUAUGUAAAUUAGGUUAAUUUUAUGAUUAUAACAAUAUGGAAUGUAGAUGUAAUUAAAUUAUAAAUAUAUUAGAAUGUCACUUUAGUUGUGAAAUAUGUUAUGACUCUGAAAAUAAUAAUUGUUUAAAAUGUCAUUUAGAUUCCAAAAGAUCAUUAAUAGAUAAUAAUUGUAAAUGUGUUGAUGGUUAUUAUGAAAUUGAAGGUGAUCCAAUUUGUAAAUGUAAAUAAUUUAUAUAUGAAAGAAUGCCAUAUUAAUUGUAAGACAUGUAGUGAAUAUGAGAAAUGUUUAAGCUGUUCAAAUGAAAAAUUACUAGUAAAUAAUGAGUGCGUUUGUAAACCUAAUUUCUAUUUAUAUAAAUCCAAUUUCAUUUAUACUUGCAAAUGUAAUUAUAUAUUAUUAAAUUUUAAGCUUGUAGUAAAUAAUGUUUAACUUGUUUUGGAUAAUUAGAAUAUGAAUGUCUAAGUUGUGUUGGCAGCAUCACUUUAUAAUCAAAUAAUACAUGUUCAUGUAAUAUAGGUUAUUAUUUGAUAAAUAAUCAAUGUUAAAUAUGUAAUUCAAAUUGUCGAACUUGUGCUUAAAAUAGUACAUAUUGUUUGAGUUGUUAAGUAAAUUAUCUCUUAUAAACAAAUAAUAUUUGCUGUCACUACUCAAAUAUCUUUAUUAAUAAUUUAUGUAGUUGCAUUAGUUCAAAAUACAUGGAUUCAAAUGGAAUUUGUUAAUGUAAUAAUUAAUACUUAUCAUUUGAGAAUGUGCAUCAGCUUGUUUAACUUGUAGUAGUACUUCUUGUAAUGAAUGUUCAAAUAAGCUUAAUUAUGGAUCAACUUGUAGCCUAUCAGCCACAUUACCAUAAUAUUGUAAUUUCUUUGAUAUCAAUGGAAGUUGUGCAUCAUGUCUUACUAAUUUUGUUUUAAAUUCUUCAAAAGUUUGUGAAUGUAAUCUUCCAUACUUUGUUUUAUCUGGAAGUGUUUGUUUAAGUAAAAUAUUAAGAAUAUAAAUUAAGGUUGUUCAACAUUUAGAAGUAAUUGUACAGAUUGUAAUAAUUCAGGAUGUACAACUUGUAAUUUUCAAUAUUAUUUGUCAUCAGGAUAUUGUGUAUAAUGUCAUUAAAGUUGUAAAACUUGUCAAAAUAAUGAUUCUAAUUCUUGUUAUCAAUGCUAAAGUAAUAAUACCAUUUAAAAUAUGAAUGGUUCAAUAUUUGGUUGUUUAUGUAUUCAAAAAUACUACUUUGAUUCAAAUUAUUAUUGUUAAAUGUGUGAUUAUACUUGUGAAUCAUGUCUUUCAUCAAGUACUUAAUGUACAUCUUGCAAUUCAACUUAUAACAGAAUUUUAAGUAAUAGUAGCUGUAUUUGUAAUACUGGAUAUUAAGAUUUUGGAACUCCUUAAUGCUAUAAACCUGGUUGUGGAUAUGGAUGUGCUGAUUGUGUUGCUGGAACAUGUAAUUCUUGUAUGGGAAGUGAAACAUUCAGAAAGAAUGAGCCUUCUACAAAAUGUCCUUGUAUAGAUGGGUAUUAUGAUAUUCAAUAAAGAAUUUGUUAAUGUAUAAUUAUUAUUUAAUUUAGAAUGUCCAUCAUAUUGUUCUACAUGCCAACUUUAAACAUAUCCUAAUAUAUUAGUAUGCACAAAAUGCUAAAUUAAUAGAGAUUUAAAUAACAAUUGUAGAUGUGCAAAAGGAUUUUAUGAAAGUGAACAUAAUUGUAUUCUUUGUCCUUCUAAUUGUUCUAGUUGUAUAGAUUAAGAUCGUUGUAUCUAAUGUAAGAAUAAUAAUUUUGAUCAUGAUAAAAUUAAUGGAUAAUGUUUAUGUAAUCUAAUUAAUUUUAGUGAUAAAUAAAAUUGUUAAUGUUUAAAUGGAUACUAUCUUAAUAAUAUUAAUAAAAAAUGUUUACGUAAUUUAUUAAAUUAAUUAAUUAUAGCCUGUCAUUAUAAUUGUAAUACUUGUAUAUAUUCAGCUACUAAUUGUAUAACAUGUAAUGAUUAUCAUGCAUAUCCACCAAAUUGUGAAUGUUCUUCAGGAUUUUAUUUAUAAGAUUCUUAAUGUUUACCUUGUACUAAUAAUUGUUUUUUAUGCAAAUCCUAAUUUGAAUGUUUAGAUUGUUCAAAUUAAAUGUAAUUAAUCAAUAAUAAAUGUUAUUGUUAAAAUGGAUAUUUCAAUUUACCUAAUUCUUAUGAAUGUCUACCUUGUUCUAAUUAAUGUUCUACUUGUAGAUAUUCAAUUAACAAUUGUACAUCAUGUAAAUUCAAUAGAAUUUUACCAUAAAAAUGCAUAUGUCCUGAUGGAACUUAUGAAAUUGAUAUAAAUACUCCUUGUAAUAAUUGUGAUAAUAAAUGUAAACUUUGUGAAAUAUCUUCUAAUAAUUGUUUAUAAUGUUCUAUUAAUAGAAUCAAUCCUCCAAAUUGUAAUUGUAUUAUUGGAUAUUUUGAAAAUGAUUAAUAAACAUGUUAAUAAUGUAAUAAAAGAUGUAAAUCAUGUCAAAAUACUUCUGAAACUUGUAUAGAAUGUAAAAUGAAUAUUGCUACACCUCCAAAUUGUACAUGUCCAGAUGGAUAUUAUUAUGAAUCAGAAUAAGGUUGUAUUUAAUGUCAUUCAAGAUGUAAAACUUGUAUUGGCUCAAAUGAAUAUAAUUGUUUAUCUUGUGAUGAAUCUAAAAAUUUCGAACUUCUCUAUAAUAAAUGUGUUUGCUAAAAAAAUUAUUAUUUUCAAAAUGAUGCUUGUAUUUAUUGUACUAUUGAAAUUGAACAAUGUUAAACUAUUUAAUGUGGAAAUGGUAUAAUUUAAAAAAAUGAAUAAUGUGAUGAUUGGAAUAAUGUUGAUAGAGAUGGUUGUUCUAAUACUUGUAAAUUUGAAGAAGGAUAUUUUUGUGAAUCUAUAUCUAAUACAAAGAUUCAUAAUUCAAUAUUAAUGACUAAAUGUAUUAAAUGUAUUGAGGGAUGUAAGACCUGUUAUAAAAAUAAAUGUUUGACAUGUUAAAGUGGUUAUUUUAUGACUCCUAGUUUUGACUGUUUAAAAUGCGAGUAAAUCUUAAUUAUAAUAAUUUCAUAGUUUUCAUUGUAAAGAGUGUUCUGGACCACAAUAAAAAGAUUGUUUAUCUUGUAUAAAAGGAGUAGAUUAUGGAUUAGGUUAGAAAUGUGCUUUUUGUGAAGAAACUUAAGGAUUAUAUACUAGUAAAGAUAAGUGUGUUUCAAAAUGUGGAGAUGGAAUGAAGAAGACUGAUGAAUAAUGUGAUGAUGGAAAUAUUAUUAAUAAAGAUGGAUGUUCAGAAAAAUGUAAAAUUGAAGAAGAUUGGGAUUGUUCAAAAUAAAUUAAUACUAUAAGUUCUUGUUAUAAAUUAAAUAUACCAAUAGCUUCCAUCUCUUUUAAUAGAGCUAAAGAUUUCUAUUAAUCUCAAAGAUAGGGAUCUAUUAAAUUUAAUAAACUUAUGGCAAUACCAAAUACAUCAAUUAUAAAUGCAUGGUAAUUCAAUAUACUCAAUUAAACAGUAUCUUAUUAUAAUAUUAAUAUGACUGCCAUUUUGAAUAUAGAUGGAUAUUUGGAAGAAGUUUAAAUUGAUUUACAACUACUUUAAUCUAUGUCAUCAAUUAUAUUUCAAGUUGAUUUCACAACUUUUAUCAUUAAAGAUGUGGUUGAUUCAUUUCAAUUAAAAACUACUAAUCUAUCUAUAGAAUUGACUAAAUACAUUAAAAUUGGAUAAGAUACUUUGAGUACAUCAAAAGCAUCUAAAUAAUUUGCUGCCUCUGUGUUAUAUAUACUUGCGAGUGUUUCAAUCAUAGGAUUAUUAAUUGGAAGUUUAGAAUUUUAUUGGAAUGUACUCGAUAAUUUAUAAAUUUUAUCUUAUAUUACUUAUAUUAAUGUUAAUUUUCCAUAUAUGCAUAAUAAAUUUUUAGAAAUAUUUGAAUUUGCUAGAUUCGAAUUUACUAAUGACUAUUUUAAUAAUUUUUAUAUUGUUUAAGACCUUGAUUACUAAUAAAAUAAAGAUUAUCCUUUGAUUGUUGAAAGAUAAGUAGAAUAUAAUUUAGUUGUCAAUUUAAGUUCAAUUGCUGUACUAUGGAUUACUCCUAUAAUCUUAUUUAUAGUUGCUAAGAUAAAUUUAUUUAUUAUUCAUGAGAUCUUGAUUAAUAAGUUUAAAAUUAUAUAGCUUUCACCUUUCGAAAAACUUAAUAGUUUAACCUAUUUACUUUAUAAAUUCAUAUACUUUGUUCAUUUUAUUAGCUUUAAAUAUUAUUCUAGUUUCUUUUAUAGUAUCUUACUGAGAAUUUACUUAUCUAGUCUUUAUGACUUAAAUUUUUCAAUAUUUACAUCAUUCUAUUGUUGGCUUUGGAAUAAGAAUCCUAAUUUAGUAGAUUAAAUAUCAUUUGUAGUUGCUAUGCUCCUACUCUUGAUUUAAUUUGUAAUUUUAUUUAUAUUAUCAUCCUCCUUAAAAGUAUCUAAUUAUCAAUUGAAAUCUAAAAAAUUUAAGUCUUAAUUUAGUUCUUUAUAUGAAGGAGUUAAUUUUACUAAUUAAAUAAUUAGAUAAAUUUAAUUUCUACAACCAUUAAAAAAACUAAUAUUUAUGGGAGCCUUACUUUUAUUUUAUGAUUAAGCUGUCUAUUAAAUAUCAUUAUUAAUUUCUAUAUAAAUAUUAUCUUCACUUGUUCAAAUAUCAUUUAAUCCUUAUUUAAACUUUUUGCAAUCAAUAAAAGGAAUAACUUAAGAAUUAGGACUGAGCUUAUCCUUAACAUUAAUUUUGAUUUAUUACGCUUAAGAUAAAUUUAAUAUAGUUGACUAAAAUGUGAUUGAAAAGUUAUCAUAUAUUCAUGUUGGAAUUUAUACAUUAAUGCUUUGUAUUAGUCUAGUAAUAGACUUAUACCAAUAAUUUAAGAUCAUUUUAGUUAAAUAUAAAAUCUCUAAGAUUUGUAAAAGGAAAAUUAAGUAGGAAUAAUAAGAAAAUUAAGAAAAUUAAGAAAAAUAAGAUUAAGUUUAACAAUUUAAUUUAUUUAUUGAUUUAUCUUAAUUUUAUCAGUCUAAAAAAAAUCAAUAUAGCUUUAAGAAUUUAAGAAUUAAUUGA